UGAUGAAUCACAAAAAGUGCCAUUUUUCUAUUGUUCGCCUUUCAACUAUGUUUACAAAUUUUUUAGUCACCCAUCAUAAAAAUUGGGGAUUUUCUUUAGAUUAUUAUUUUUCUAAAAAAGUUGCCCCAUCUUUUGUCCAAUCCGAACUUUAUUUUUUCUUCUCUUUUGUAUUUAAAAAUUUUUUAUUAAACCUAAUCGGAUUUUGGUUUCUAAUCAACUCUAUUAAAUAAUCUUAUUUUUAAUUUUUUUCCUUUUAAAAAUUAUAAUUUUCUAAAAGUUUAAUCAACUUCUUAUUAAAUUUGCUAAAAAUGGGAUGCUCAAAAUGUGGAUGUACUGGCUUUUGCUGGAAUCCUGUUAGUUCGUUACGUAAACUUAAUUGUGAUCUAAAUCAUGAUCACUGCAGUGCGUGUUACUCACAUGAGGCACUUCGCAACUGUACUUGUGGACAUCAUUGGAAUUACCAUUGA